AUUUAGAUGUCAAAUUUAUUGUAUUGUGAUUUGUGAGGAUGUGUGUUCAUUAAAAAUUUACUUUCAUGUUUUCACCAAACAUUAUUCACUAUCAGUAUUCUGGUGGAACUUGUAGUAUUCACUCUUCUGGUUAUAGUAUUGUAGACUGGUUUUAUCGAAGAACAACGAUUAAGGGACAUACCUCGCAUCGGCCACAAUCUACUUGAGAAAACAAUGUAUUUUCAACAAAGUAAUACAUUGAAAUUUAAAAUUAUAUUUUAAAUACGCGGGAUUAUUUAUGCCAAUAAAAUAAUAGUGUAGUUCGUGACAAGACUAUUUUUGAAAAUGGAUCGAAAAAAUUUGUGCGUUGUGUUUAUUAUUUUUGCUGUAGCGAUAGUUCAAGCGGUGGGUUUCGACACGGAACUAUUUGAAACGAUUCCUUGUGAUAGCAAUGCAUGUUUUGACUCGCUUCAUGGAGCUCUCGGAGAUUGUUCAUGUAACGUCGACACGAUUGAUUAUUUCAAUAACGUGAAAAUAUUCCCUCGCAUCCAGAGCCUGGUAAGCAAAGACUACUUUCGAUUUUACAAAGUUAAUUUGAAAAAAGAUUGUCCAUUUUGGGCUGACGACAGCAGAUGUGCUAUGAAGUACUGUCACAUCAAGACUUGUUCAAAAGAAAGUGUGCCAGGAUUUGAUGGAUAUGAGAAUGAAUAUUUGGAAGAAUCACCUGUGUUGAAGUACACUCAAGGGGCUCAGUCGCCGUGCAACGGGGACUCAGACCAUGACCCAGACCUGGGAUAUUUAAAUUUAACUAUAAGUGCUGCAAGUCAAUUUGAAAUUGCUAAGUGGAAAGCCUAUGAUGAUUCCCUUGACAAUUUCUGUCAGUGUGAUGAUAAAGAUGCGGAAGCAGAGUAUGUGGAUCUAUCACUAAACCCUGAGAGGUACACGGGCUACAAAGGACCAUCUGCUCAUCGUAUAUGGAGAAGCAUUUAUCAAGAAAACUGUUUCCGUCCAAAAUCUAAUCCAUAUGAAUCUUUCCCAUAUGUCUUAAGUUCAGAUUUGGGUAACAUGUGUUUGGAAGAGAGAGUGUUUUAUAGAGCUGUGUCUGGGCUGCACGCUAGCAUUAAUAUCCACUUGUGUUCAAAGUAUUUGCUGUCAGAAAAGAAACUUGGAUUUGCUGCACCACCUGAUGGUGAAUGGGGUCCGAAUCUAGAGGAAUUUCAGCGCCGAUUUGAUCCAUCUCAGACCCAUGGCGAAGGGCCUAACUGGCUAAAGAACUUAUACUUUGUAUAUCUAUUGGAAAUGAGAGCACUAGCCAAAGCAGGUCCAUAUUUGGAGCGUGAAGACUAUUUCACCGGCAAUCCAGUGGAAGAUGAAGAAACAAGAGGUGCUAUCAGAAAUAUGCUGGGAGUUAUAUAUUCCUUCCCUGACCAUUUCAAUGAGUCACUGAUGUUCAAUGGGAGUCAAGCUGCCAGACUUAAGGCAGACUUUAGACAGCACUUCUUAAAUAUUUCCAGAAUAAUGGAUUGUGUUGGUUGCGAUAAGUGCAAGCUAUGGGGGAAACUGCAAACGCAGGGGUUGGGAACGGCGUUGAAGAUCCUUUUUUCAGGGCGUUGGGACGGUGAAAAUGAGCCGGAGCGUGGGACUUUGACCCUGAGACAUAAGUCACAGAAGCGUCUGCAGAGAACCGAAAUUGUGGCGCUGUUUAAUGCAUUUGCGAGACUGUCAAAUAGUAUCAGAGAGCUGGAGAAUUUCAGGAUCAUGUUGAGCGGCCACAGAGAAGACACGAAGGCUAACAUUUUCGCGGGAGAUGGAAAGAAGAUUGACGUCAGGAAUGAUAAAUGUUCUUCAGCCGGCACUAAACCUAGGAUCUGGAGUUAGAACUAUCGAAUUUUCGUGCAAUCAGUGUUCAAUAACUAGCCGAUGUGUUAGUCGAAAUUGUUAGUACAUUUUCGUAAUGUAUUGAGGGUAGUUGGUAUGCUUAGCAUCUAUCUGCAGUUCGGCUGCGGGUUUCUUGAGAAAGUACAACUUUCUAUAGCUCCUACGACUGUGGUGUUUCGAUUCCUAACUGACCUACAGUUGUGUCACAAAUAGAUUUUAGCAAGAUAAGUCAAGGGAGAUCCUUAAUUUGCUGUUUUUAUUUAUAUCAUGAAAAUUAUUUUGUUCAAUUUUAUUUUGUUAAUUUAAAUAGUACUUUUAUGAAUUUAUUUUUUAACAGCAACUAGAAAAGUUGGUUUAAAAUUUUUGUUACAUAUAUUUUUAGAAGAUGCAACUCUGAAGAAAAUAAGGCGCGUCUUUAAAUCUUAAUUUAAAAUAUUUAUUAAUUUUACAAUAAUUUGUACAGUUUCCUACCUAUCUAAUAAAAUCUAUCUCGUAAUAUCUUGCCCCCAAUUUGGUACAACACGGUACCAAUGGCAAAUUAAAAUUUGUUGAUAACAACAUAUUUGUAAUUAAUAUUUAUUUUCUUUACUUGUAUUUUAAAAAUAUUGAAUUAAAUGCCUAGUACUUAGCUCCUCUUAGAUAUAACUCAUCACAUUCGUCCCAGUGCUA